AUGAACAACACGUCCCUGCACGACGAGAACCCCACAGACACGUCCCUGGACGACGAGACCCUCACAGACACGUCCCUGCACGACGAGAACCUCGCAGACACGUCCCUGCACGACGAACCCCACAGACCCUCAGACACGUCCCUGGACGACGAGACCCUCACAGACACGUCCCUGCACGACGAGAACCUCGCAGACACGUCCCUGGACGACGAGACCCUCACAGACACGUCCCUGCACGACGAGACCCUCACAGACACGUCCCUGCACGACGAGAACCUCGCAGAUACGUCCCUGGACGACGAGACCCUCGCAGGCACGUCCCUGCACGACGAGAACCCCACAGACACGUCCCUGGACGACGAGACCCUCACAGACACGUCCCUGCACGACGAGAACCUCGCAGACACGUCCCUGGACGACGAGAACCUCGCAGACACGUCCCUGGACGACGAGAACCUCGCAGACACGUCCCUGGACGACGAGACCCUCACAGACACGUCCCUGGACGACGAGACCUUCGCAGACACGUCUCUGGACGACGAGAACCUCGCAGACACGUCCCUGGACGACGAGAACCUCACAGACACGUCCCUGCACGACGAGAACCUCGCAGACACGUCCCUGGACGACGAGAACCUCGCAGACACGUCCCUGGACGACGAGAACCUCGCAGACACGUCUCUGGACGACGAGACCCUCGCAGACACGUCUCUGGACGACGAGACCCUCGCAGACACGUCUCUGGACGACGAGACCCUCGCAGACACGUCUCUGGACGACGAGACCCUCGCAGACACGUCCCUGGACGACGAGAACGUCGCAGACACGUCUCUGGACGACGAGACCCUCGCAGACACGUCCCUGGACGACGAGAACCUCGCAGACACGUCCCUGGACGACGAGAACCCCGCAGACACGUCCCUGAACGGCGAAAACCCCAGAGAGGUGUCUGGACUCAUCCACAGAACCCAAGAACUGUGCCUUAGAGAGAUAUGGACAUUAUGGACCCAAAACACGCAAGAAACAGCGGUGGUGCAAAUGACUGAAGCAAAGGUGAGAACGACACCGUGGCAAGAGCGGGAGCCAGACAAGCUACGAGAACGAGGAGAGCUGCAGAAACAAGCAAGAGUAACGAGCACUCGCUCACAGCGAGCGAGGCGGCGAGGACGCGUGGAGGCUCAAUCCUCCAUCGGACGACAGAUGGUUGACCUCCGUCCACAACUGUCCGUCCUGGGGCAUCAUGACGUCACCACAACUGUCCGUCCUGAGGCACCAUGACGUCACCACAACUGUCCCUCCUGAGGCAUCAUGACGUCACCACAACUGUCCCUCCUGAGGCAUCAUGACGUCACCACAACUGUCCGUC